AUGUCCGAAAGCCGACGAGCCCCCGGGGCUAACCAGGCAGCCAUCACCGCCGAGUCCGGCGGCGUCCUCAAGGUGACGGUGAAGACCCUGAAGCAGAAGGAGCAGUUUGAGGUAGCAGAGAGCAGCACCAUCCGGGCGUUUAAGGACGAGGUCGCCAAGCGCUUCAAGGCUCCCUCUGACCUGCUGGUGCUAAUAUUUGCUGGGAAGAUCUUAAAGGACCAGGACACACUAAGCCAGCAUGGAGUCCGCAGUGGAUUCAGCAUCCACCUUGUCAUCCGGUCCCAAAAGAGGCCCCAGGACCACCCAGCUGAGCCGACGAAUACUGCCACCCCACCGAUGCCGUCCGCAAACAGCAGUGCUUCUAACCUUUCGGACCUGGAUCUGAACACCAUCAACAGCAACCCGUUCCUCUUGGGCUUCCUCAUCGGGGUGACAGGCAUGAGCAUACUGGGUCUGGACCCAACCGAUGUGUCAGAUUUAAUGAGCGAGGCCUCAGAGGCUGACGGUUCCAUACAGGACUUGAUGAGUGAGGUGGCACAGAAUCCCAUGGUGCAAAGCAUCCUCACCAACACGGACCUGGUCCAGGAGAUCCUUCUCUCCAACCCGCAGAUGCAGCAGCUGGCCGAGCAAAACCCUGAGAUUAAUCACAUUCUCCGCAACCCAGAUUUCAUCCGGGAAAUGAUUGAGGUCUCCAGUAGCCCGGCAAUGCUGCAAGAAAUUAUCAGGAACCAUGACCGAGCCUUGAGCAACCUGGAGAGCAUCCCGGGUGGAUACAGCGCCCUGCAGCAGCUGUACAGCGAGAUAGAGGAACCAAUGAUGAACGCCGUGCAAGCCCAGUUUGGGAGCAACCCGUCUGAAUCAUUGGAGAAUAACCCACCCUUGGGUGGGGCCAGUCUGCCAGCCCGGAUGGAAAACAGAGACCCUUUACCAAACCCUUGGGCCACUCGGACGAACAGGGCCGGUGAUAUUGCGAAUAACCAUGAUAGCAAUCGUACCAGCCAUAGCAGAGGGCAGAACUUUAUUGUCCUAAAUUUUGGGCCUGGAGCAGGCCCUGGGUUUGCCAACACAGGAGGAAUUCAGAGUAUGGUUCAGCAGCUAACAGGAAACCCAGAGUUCAUGCAGAACAUGGAGAGCGUGUUGUCCAAUCCCAACGGCCCAGCACAGAUGCUGCUGAAUAAUACCCACCUCUCCAAUGAUGGACGUUCUCGGCCUCAAGACGGAAGGACACACCAUGUCCCUCUGGAGUUGGAGAGCGCUGAAAUCGCCCCCUUACUGACCAGCCCUAGAGCCAUGCAGGCUUUGUUACAGAUUCAGCUGGGCUUGCAGACGCUCUCGGCCGAGGUCCCAGAUUUUAUCCUAGGGCUGGGAGACCGGGACGUGGAACUGGAGCUGGAAAGCAUGGAAGGGUCCAUUCCCAGUAGCGAGACCGAGGAGGACGUGAGUCUAGCAUCAGACAAGGAUGAACCUGAAGGCCAAGAGUGCGUGGAUCAGCAGAGGCCAGACGUCAGAUUUGAGCGCCAAAUGGAGCAGCUCAGAACAAUGGGCUUCCAGGACCGGGAAGCGAAUUUACAGGCUCUGAUCGACACGGAAGGGGAAAUCAAUGCAGCCAUUGAGAUGCUAACAAAGUCCCAGCCAAGCAAGAUAUUGUAA